AUGGUUAACAUUUCCCACAUGAUUGGACUCUUCAUGGCUUCCAUGUCUUCGGUCGUUGGAGCAUACGUUGUUCUUCUUGGUGCCUACUACGGCCUUGAAGGUGACAACUUACCAUCCCCAUCGUUAGUGGUGCAACUCUAUCUAAAAUACAACAUUUCCCGUGUUCGAUUGAAAGUUCCAAACCUCGAUAUUUUAGAAGCGUUUCGUGGCAUAGAAAUCGGCAUCUCUUUUGGUGUCCCCAACGACAUGUUACCAAACAUGGCGACCUACAUUGUGCCCUACGUUGACGAUUACACUAUCAAUUACAUCGUUGUCGGUGACAAGGCCAUCCCCGGCCUCGACGGCAACAUAUUGCCUGUCAUGAAAUCCCUUCAAGAUCUCCUCAACGCUCACUACCUCGGACGAGUGAAACUCACCACAUUAGUUGGUUUCAAAUCAUUGGCUGUCACAAACCCUCCAUCCAGCGGUGCGUUCUACCCAACUAUUGUUGAGAACAUGAGAGGAAUUCUCAAGUUCUUAGGACGACAAGGGUCUCCUUUGAUGGUUAGCCUAAAUAUGUAUAAUCGAUAUGUUUAUGGUGGUAAUAUAAGCUUGGGUUAUGCGACGCUUAGUGAACAAAACUCAUCGGUUCACGAUGGGAUGUUGAGUUAUAAUAACUUGUUUGAUGAAAUGGUGGACGCGUUUUAUGUAGCGAUAGAUAAGGCAAAUGUUAGAGAUGUGGGCAUUGUUGUUGGAGAAACUGGUUGGCCUGCUUGUGGGAAUAAUAACGCUACGUCACCGUUGCUUGCAUCGAAGUACAAUCGGAACUUCAAGAGUCAUAUUAGCUCCAGUAAGGGGACGCCCAAAAAGAAAAAUAUUUAUAUUGAAGGGUUCAUUGGGAGUAUUUUUAAUGAGAAGGAAAAGUCUGGAGAGUCACACUGUUACGGCAUGUUCAACGUUGAUUCUACACCUAUUUACUCGCCUGUAUUUUAA